AAAAUAUAAUAAAAAAAAAAGAAGAAGUAGGAUUUUUGUUUUUGUAGCAAGUACUACUACUAUAAUCUAUCAUUGAUACUCUCUUAUAUAAAGGAUAAACAAAGCAACUUCUCUCACACUAUUCAGACAUAAAGGUCUUACUUUCAGGAUCUUGCAUUUGACUCAUAAUGGAAGUUGCAGCUACCAAAAUGACACCAAAUGAUGAGUCAUGGACAAGUUGGUUGUGUGAUUUGGAUCCAGAAGAUUACAAAAUCAUCAAUGACAUAAACAUAGUACCUUUGUCACAAGACCGUGACAUCUUGCCACAAUCUUUGUCCAGUGGUAGUCAUUGUUCUCACACAACCUCAAGUACUAUGAGUAAUUCUUCAGGAGAUGUUGUUAACAGCUUUGAGAGACCUAUAAAGACACUCAAGACUAAUAACCCUUCAAACAUAGGGUCUCAUUCCUACAUUCUUUGUUUCAACAAUCCAGAACCAGAACCAGAACUAGAACCAAAAGGUAAGAUUUUGAAUAAUGGGAAGUAUUUAACCUCAAAUCAGAAAAAGGAACCUAAACGAAGUAUUCUAGAGAGCAAAAAGACUGAUUCAGUAACAAAACAUGCUCAAGAUCACAUAAUUGCUGAGAGGAAAAGAAGAGAAAAACUUAGUCAACAGUUCAUAGCUCUUUCAGCACUGAUUCCAGAUUUGAAAAAGAUGGAUAAGGCUUCUGUGUUAGGAGAUGCAAUAAACCAUGUGAAACAGCUUCAAGAACAAGUGAAGAUAUUGGAACAGAAGAACCAAAGGAAAAACAUUGAGUCUGUGGUUUAUGUUGAGAAGACAAAAUCAUGUUCUUCAGAUGAAGAUGUUUCAGUUUCAGACACUUCCUCGAAUUCUGGAAAUGGUGGUAAUUGUUGUCACCCGAAUCGGUCACUGCCAGAAGUUGAGGCAAGAGUGUCAGAGAAAAACGUGCUGAUAAGAAUUCACUGUGAGAAAGAAAAAGGUGCGUUGAUGAAGAUAAUCCAAGUGAUAGAGAAUCUUCAUCUUUCUGUCACAAGCAAUAGUACCUUGCUUUUUGGAACCACGAAACUUGACAUAACCAUCAUAGCUGAGAUGGAUAAUGAAUUCAGGCUAAGUGUGCAGGAGCUAGUUAGAACCAUUCGAGUUGGACUGUUGCAAUUCAUGUAGUACUAGUUAGUAGUUGCUACUUUAUUGCAAUACUAGUAGCACAUUAUUUUGAUGUGAAUAAAAUGUGUGUGUUUUGUUCUCAUUAAUAUUCACAUGAUAGGAUGAAUAUGUGGUGAGAUACAAGAUAGUUGAGUGGAUCCGCAUGAAUUAAGAGGUUUGGUCCCUUGUUGUAAUGUGUGGUUUGAUUGAUUGUAAAAUGGAUAACCUUGGAAAUCAAGACACCUUAUGGCAUCA